AGAGCCGUGAGCAGCAGUGAGCUGUCUGUCUGUCUGUCAGGCGAUGAACGCACACCGGUGCCGGUUGCAGAGGCGUGCAGACAGCGGCAGGAAGGACGCGCGGGCCGAACCGUCGAUCACCGCAGAUUGCGCUCUGCCUUUGUCAUGUUUAAAACGCGGACCCGAUCCUCAGAGAGUGCGACUGAUUCUAACCGCCAAGAUGUUGACAGACAUGGUCGUGGAGCAAGAAUUUGACAUCAAAGAGGAGGAACCGUGGUACGACAAGCAAGACCUUGAACAUGACCUGCAGCUGGCUGCCGAGCUCGGGAAGACUCUCCUGGAGCGGAACAGGGAGCUGGAGCAAGGGCUGCAGCAGAUGUACUCCACCAACCAGGAGCAGCUGCAGGAGAUCGAGUACCUGGCGAAGCAGGUGGACCUCCUCAGGCAGGUCAACGACCAGCACGCUAAAGUGUACGAGCAGCUGGACGUGUCGGCCCGAGAGCUGGAGCACAGCAACCGCAAGCUGGUUCUGGACAGCAGGACGGCGCAGCAGAAGAUCCAGGGGCUGACGGAGACGGUGGAGCUGCUGCAGACGCAGGUGGAGGAGCUGCAGCAUCAGGUGGAGGAGCUGAAGCUGAGUCCGUCUCAGCCUCUGAAGCGUCCGCACAGAGAGAAGUGCGCGCCUUGCACCUCUCAGAGUGUGUCCUGCCUGAAAGAGCUGCAGAACACCCUCAGGUACGACUGCGACGAACCCUCAGACGGCCUCGAGUCCUCCGACAUGUCGUGGCGCGAGGAGGAGCAGGCGUCUCUGCGACAAUCCCUCCGCAGCCUCCAGACCCAGUUCGCCAGUGAGCGCGCUCAGAGGGAGGAGUCGGAGCGAGAGGCCGAGCUGCUCGCCCGAGAAAAUGCAGCGCUGGAGCAGCAGCUGACGGGGAUGGAGGGCUGUCGGGCCAGAGUGUCUGAGCUGGAGCGUGAGGCCGAGGAGCUCCGCCAGCUCUGGAAGUCCGACUCCUCCACCGGGUCCACCAGGCCGGACGCCAUCCACAGCCUGCUGCCCAACGCCAUGUUCCUCCACCCGGAGGAGGAGAGCGAGGGGGACGCAGCUGCAGCCAAGAGCCCCUGGGUCCUGAAGCGCUGGGACAGCGAGCGGCUGAUGAGGGCCACGCAGACGCCCGACUCUCCCGACCGGGUCCACAACCACGAGUGCUCCUGCGUGCGGCGUGCCGACGUGGUGAAGUAUCGCGGGAUCUCGCUGCUCAACGAGGUGGACGCUCAGUACAGUGCCUUGCAGGUGAAGUACGACGAGCUGCUGCGGCGCUGCCACCUUGGACAGCAGCAGCAGGAGGAAGAGGAGGAGGAUGAUGAGCCGAUCCACAAGUCGGUCCAGACUGCAUCUCUUGCCGCCGCUUGUCCUGUUCUGACGGACAUGGAGGACUUUCACCAGCCGGAGUACAAGGAACUUUUCAGGGCGAUUUUCUCCCGCAUUCAGAAAACCAAAGAGGACCUGAUUGAAAACAGAGUGGGACCCUCAGCUGGGGAAGGGCUGCCAAUUGUGCAUUAGUAGACCCCCCCUUAAAAAAAGACCUGCUGCAAGAUUAAUUAUUGUCUUCCAGUUCAAGAGCGACUCACAUGAAGCUUACCAACGCUCCACUUUACUGUAUAUUUGCAGACGCAAAGGGGUUCAGAGAUGCGAGUGAUGCAGGAACCAGAAGGCCAAACACCAGCAGCUCAUGUCUCAGAUGUGGCUCAUUUUGCACAGAAACACCGGUGCCUAACGCUGCCGUCUCCACUGUGCGCUCGCUCUACCUCACUUUGUACUGUUAACAAAACAUCUCUGGGUCUUCUUCUCGGUAGCCGUAUCGGUAACAGUUUAUUCUACUGGUCCCAAAGUUUCCUAGAAAGACGUAAAUUCAUAGAAAGCUCCCUGGAAGAGACGUAAAGAUGUAAUUUGGUGCUAAUUAUAGAGAAAAUGGAGACGGUGUUAAAGCCAAUUCCUCUGGAAAUCAAACUGCAAUUUCUGAUCUUUUACAUUACUGAUUAUAUUGUUAAUUAAAAAAUAUUAUUUAGUCUAUUCAAUGAAAAAAAGAAAAGCCCAUCACAAGUUCCCACGAAACUAACAUCUUCAAACAUCUUGUUUUGUCCGAGCAACGGUCCAAAAAUGUUCUCACUGUAUCUGCGUUCUUUACUGAGCUCCUGAGAUCUGUCUUUCUUUGCAGCUAUUUAAAAAAAUAAAAUUUAAAUAGUUUUGCGAGCGACCAAUGCAAGUUGUUAUAUUGGUGAAGGAGUUUAUAUUAUUAGACUUUGAUGAUGAAAGUUCUGAUAAAUAGAGAUGUGUUUUGUAAUCGUAAAGUUUAUUUCCCAGAAAUGAUACUUGAUUAUUGUACGAUAGGUUAGACGACUGUGAGUGUUGUAUUACAGGGAAGUUCUGAGGUUUACCAGAAGGCUAACUCUAUGUACGUGAUGCUGAUUGUAUAUUCUGUAGAUUCAUGAAACGGUGUUUGAUUAGAAGCUUUUCUCAGCAGCACUUCUGUGGCUUUUUGCUGCCUGACGUCCGUGUGUCCUCGUUAGGCUUUAGUCUGUGCGCACAGUUUGUAGAUGUCUGUAAAAAAAAAAAAACACGUUAAGAUGCACUUUAGAAAAUUGCACAUUAUCAGUGAUCUUCUGACAAGUGUCCUGAAUAACCUGCUGUAUGUGUGUACGGUGUGUUCUACCGGUUUCACGAUUGGACCUCAUGGUUUAUGUUUGAGCCAUAAAACAUGAAGCAGG